GGCCGCGGGGCCGGGGCCGGGCGCGGGCCGGGCGCGGGCGGACGAUGCCGGGGCCCGGGGCCCGCGCGGAGGAGGGCGGCGGCGGCGAGGGCGCGGCGCCGGGGGCGGGCCCCGGGCGGGAGCCGGCGCGGCUGUGCGGGUACCUGCAGAAGCUGUCGGGCAAGGGCCCGCUGCGCGGCUACCGCAGCCGCUGGUUCGUGUUCGAUGCGCGCCGCUGCUACCUCUACUACUUCAAGAGCCCGCAGGACGCGCUGCCGCUCGGCCACCUGGACAUCGCGGACGCCUGCUUCAGCUACCAGGGCCCCGACGAGGCGGCCGAGCCGGGCGCCGAGCCGCCCGCGCACUUCCAGGUGCACAGCGCGGGCGCCGUGACGGUGCUCAAGGCUCCCAAUCGCCAGCUCAUGACCUACUGGUUGCAGGAGCUUCAGCAGAAGAGAUGGGAAUAUUGCAACAAUCUCGACAUGGUCAAGUGGGACAGCAGGAGCUCCCCGACUCCGGGGGAUUUUCCUAAGGGGCUCGUGGCCAGAGACAACACAGAUUUAAUUAACCCACACCCGAAUGCUUCUGCAGAGAAAGCCAGAAAUGUCCUAGCCGUGGAGACAGUGCCCGGAGAGCUGGUGGGAGAACAGGCUGCAAACCAGCCAGCCCCUGGGCAUCCAAAUUCUAUCAAUUUUUACUCUUUGAAACAGUGGGGCAAUGAGCUCAAAAAUUCAAUGUCCUCCUUCCGUCCUGGGAGAGGGCACAGUGACAGCCGGAAGACUGUGUUUUACACCAGUGAGGAGUGGGAGCUUCUGGACCCAACCCCUAAGGACCUGGAGGAGUCCAUGGUGCAGGAAGAGAAGAAGAAACCGGCCCCGGAAGUGAGCAAAGGCAUGACCGGCUCAGGAUUCCCCUUCGAGUUUGGACGUAACCCCUACAAAGGGAAACGCCCUCUGAAAGACAUCAUCGGGUCGUACAGAAAUCGUCACAGCAGUGGUGACCCUUCCAGCGAGGGGACGUCGGGCGGCAGGCCGGCCUCGGAGACACAGCUGCAGGUGCAGAGUCAGCAGGAGGAGCUGGAGGGGCUGAAGAAAGAGCUGUCCAGCCAGAAGGAGCUGGUGCGGCUGCUGCAGCAGACGGUGCGGUCCUCGCAGUACGACAGGUACUUCGCCAGCGGCCGGCUCUGCGAGGGGCCCCCCCGGGACACGCUGGAGCUGCUGCGACAGAAGGAUGAGCAGAUCCUGGGCCUCGCCGGGCAGCUGGAGCGGCUGGGCCUGGAGCGGGACGGCCUGCAGCAGGAGGUGCGGGCGCUGCAGCGCCGUGUGGGCGAGCUCAGCGAGCAGCUGGGCAUGCUGAUGGAGACCAUCCAGGCCAAGGACGAGGUCAUCAUCAAGCUCAGCGAGAGCGAGGCUGGCCUGUCGCCUCCCGCCGCCAUGCCUGGCUCCCCGCCGGCCGCCCCCGCCAGCAGGGACCAGCUGGAGCUGGACAGGCUGAAGGAUAAUCUACAGGGGUACAAAACCCAAAACAAAUUUCUGAAUAAGGAGAUUUUGGAACUCUCAGCUCUACGGAGAAACGCAGAAAGGAGAGAGAGGAACCUGAUGGCAAAGUAUUCCAGCCUGGAAGCCAAGCUGUGCCAGAUCGAAAGCAAAUACCUGAUACUGCUUCAAGAAAUGAAGACCCCGGUGUGCUCAGAGGAACAGGGGCCUGCCCGGGAGGUCAUCGCCCAGCUGCUGGAGGACGCCCUGCAGGUGGAGAGCCAAGAGCAGCCGGAGCAAGCGUUCAUCAAGCCUCACCUUGUCAGUGAGUACGACAUCUACGGGUUUAGGACCGUCCCUGAGGACGACGAGGAAGAGAAGCUGGUGGCCAGGGUCCGUGCCCUGGACCUGAAGACGCUGUACCUCACGGACAGCCAGGAGGUCUCCACGGGGGUCAAGUGGGAGAACUACUUCGCCAGCACAGUGAACAGGGACAUGAUGUGCUCGCCGGAGCUGAAGAACCUGGUCCGCGCGGGCAUCCCGCACGAGCACCGCUCCAAGGUGUGGAAGUGGUGCGUGGACCGCCACACCAGGAAGUUCAGGGACAGCACCCAGCCAGGCCACUUCCAGGCCCUGCUGCAGAAGGCGCUGGAGAAGCAGAACCCGGCCUCCAAGCAGAUUGAGCUGGACCUGCUGCGGACGCUGCCCAACAACAAGCACUACUCCGGGCCUGCCUGCGAGGGCGUCCAGAAGCUGCGCAACGUGCUGCUGGCCUUCUCCUGGCGCAACCCGGACAUCGGCUACUGCCAGGGCCUCAACAGGCUGGCGGCCGUGGCCCUGCUGUACCUGGAACAGGAAGACGCCUUCUGGUGUCUGGUCGCCAUCGUGGAAGUUUUCAUGCCUCGGGACUAUUACACGAAGACUCUCCUGGGAUCCCAGGUGGACCAGCGGGUGUUCAGGGACCUCCUGAGUGAGAAGCUGCCUCGGCUGCACGCCCACUUCGAGCAGCACAAAGUCGACUACACCCUCAUCACGUUCAACUGGUUUCUGGUGGUCUUUGUGGACAGCGUUGUCAGUGACAUCCUUUUUAAGAUAUGGGACUCGUUCCUUUACGAGGGACCAAAGGUCAUUUUCCGUUUUGCCCUGGCGCUGUUCAAAUACAAGGAAGAGGAGAUCCUGAAGGUGCAGGAUUCCAUGUCCAUAUUCAAGUAUCUCCGCUCCUUCACACGCACCGUCCUGGACGCCAGGAAGCUGAUCAGCAUCGCCUUUGGGGACCUGAACCCCUUCCCGCUGCGCCAGAUCCGGAACCGGCGAGCCUGCCACCUGGAGAAGGUGCGGCUGGAGCUGACGGAGCUGGAGGCCAUCCGGGAGGACUUCCUGCGUGAGCGGGACAGCAGCCCCGACAAGGGCGAGCUGGUCAGCGACGAGGAGGAGGACACCUGAGCGGCCCGGGCGCCGCCCUUGCUGCCGCCACCACCAAAGUGCCAAGUGACAGCCGGACGUCGGGACCUGCCGGGCGCCUGUCCCCAGCCCUCUCCGCGCCGUGGCCUCUGGCUCUGUCUGACGGGUGGUGGCCAGGCCGCCCGGCUGUCUGUCUGCGGGCCGGAGCCUGCUCAGGCACCUGUCGGGGUGUCGAUGUCCCGCCCUCUGAAACCCUCGCUUUGCCGGCGUCUCCUGUGCUCCUGCUCCUGCGGUGGGCGGCUGUGUGCGUUUGCAGACGGCCGUGUGCGGAGGACGUGCCGGUGGCUCUGUGGGCCAAAGAGCGGCUGCCUCGGUGGCUCCGGGGCGGUGUUGGCACAGUGACGUCCCUAGAGAAGCCAGCACACCCCUCGUUCGUUCGGAAGUGGCCACCACAGGGUGCCCGUGACCCUCCCCGCGGGGGCUGCAAGCGCCCACCGUGCCCCAUUUCUGGGGAGCCUUCGUCCUUCCGGCACCGGCUCCUGCCUGGGGGGGCCCGGCUGCCCAGACGCCCCCCAUUGCCAGCCUGUUCGAGACCCUUGGGCUGCUCCGCCAUAGCCCGGCCCGUGCCUGGCGCGUCCGCACCGGGCCCUGUGGAAACCGGUCGGCUCACAGUCAUUCUCCCAGGACGGGUGGGGCGGGGAUUCCGGGUCAAUGGUGUGUCAUCGUGUGGCGGGUGGGCCCACCCCUGGGCUGGCCUUGGCUGGGGGGACCCAGCAGCCUUUUCUGGGGUGCUUUGCGGGCCAGGGGUACAGCUGCCCAGUGGACGCCCUGGGACGGCCCAGACCCGGCUUCCCCAGGGUGGCCGUGCUCCUGGGUCGGGCAGGGCUGCUGCCAGCUCCAGGGUCAGGAGGCACCUACGCUUGGGGCCAAGGUUGGGGUGGGCUCUCCCCAGCGUGUCCCCUGGAUGCAUCCUCAUCCUCCAGGGACGAGGCGUCACCAUUGCCUCUGGCCGGUCAGGCUGCCCGGGCGGGUUGUGGAAACGUCGAAGCCUGGAGAGAGGCUUUGAGCAGGGAGGGGGUUUCACUUGGUCUCUGGGCCGUCCCCGACGUGCAGACGUGACAGAAUGUCUUCUGGCCCCGUGUCAUUCCACACGAGAGAAACGGUCUUUACCAGAAUGUCUCACACUACCUGGGAAAAUUGGAAAUGACCCUUCAUUGACGUAAACACACUCAGACCAAGAAUCGAACCAGGGCGGUUUUAAGUGCCUUUUCCCUAUCAGGGUUUUCCUGUUGAUUUUUGCUGUCACCUUCCUGCCAGUGUCAGGGCUAAGCUGGCAUUUCGUGUGCUCGACUGGGCUCUGCUUUUCUGUCUUCGGUGACGUUGGUUCAUUUUUCACUGCCCACAGGGAGCUGGUCUCUGUAUUCAGCCAAAAGCCUUUGUCUCUUUUCAGGUAUUAAAAACGUGUUUUAUCCUUGUUUUGUUUUGGGGGGGCAGCUGUUUGAGGCCCAACUUGUUCAGGAAGUUGCCUGAGCACGGGGUGUUGCAGUCUGCCUGGGUGACUUGGGGGGACCCCUCCUGCUUCCCCACGCCUGUCAGCCCCAGGGGACAGCAGGACGGGCCGGGGUUGGGGGUCGGGGAUCGGGGGUCGGCUCCCCCUGCCCCAGGUUCCAGGUCCCCGGGGGCUGUGCCGGCCCAGCCUGCUGCGUCCUGGGGCUGAGACGCCUGCAGGGCUGGGCUGGUUCUGUCGGGUUCACCCCGUAAGCCGCCCCUGACGGAGGCCAAGGCCAUGGGAGUGUUUGCAGGCAGGUGUCAGCGGUGGCCGGGCUGGGGGGUCCUGGAGGGACGGACGGGGGGCUCUUUCUCGGGGGCUCCUUCUCGCUCCCCCAGAGUGCAGGGCGGGGAGUGCUCGGCCUGGUUCCACUCUGGGGACCAGACGGGCUGUGGGCCCCACUGUUUGCGGCCAACAUAUCCCUUCCCUGUGCCACCAUGGGCAGAGCUGCUCUGUCCCUCCGGUGCCCUGAGGUCCCCCGGCCUCACCAGCUGCCCGGCAAGUGCCCCUUGCGGCCGGGGCUGCUGCUCUGAACCUCGGCCCCUGCGUGCCGAGUGCCGGCUUUAAAUGGAUGGUUUAUGGGUUGAGCCUCUGUUAAUGCUCUUGUAUAUUGUACUACAGUUUAUAUUUUUAUAGGCUAUUUUAUCAAGGUUUUUCUAGAUUCCGUACAUCUAUUUUAUAUAACAAGCUCUGAUUUUGUGUGA